CCUGUCCUCAUCAUUGGGGGCGGGCCUGUCGGUCUCACAACCGCCCUUCUCCUCGCCCGAUAUGGUGUUCGGAGCACUGUUGUGGAGCGCUAUCCAGGACGGCUGGGCCAGCCCAAGGCCCAUGCCGUCAACCCUCGCUCCCUCGAGAUCCUCCGACAGGCUGGUCUUGAUACGGUCACUCUUCGCGAAGUCGCCUCCCGUCCUCGCGAGGCAGAUUUGGUCCGCUUCGGGCUGUCACCCCUAGGCCUGGAGCUGGGCACUCUUCCAUUUGAGCGGCAAGGAGAAGAGAACAAGGCCAUUACUCCCGAACCGUUAUUCAACAUCCCGCAGCCCGAGCUCGAAGAAUGGUUGGCGGAGGCGAUCUCCAAAAACAAGCUCGUCACCCUCAGACGCGGAUUUCAGUGGGAUACGUGCACUAACCCACCGGAAGCGUCCGCCAGUGUGGUUUCUCGUGUGAUUGAGAGGGCAACCAAGCGCGAAAUCACGAUUACCAGCAAGUAUCUUUUGGUCUGUGAUGGUGCCCGUUCCAAAUCAAGACUAAAGCUGGAAAUCCCCUUCUCCGUGAUCCCUAAUGGGCCUGCGACAGAAUCCCACCACGUUACCAUACACUUCAAGGCCGACCUGACUCAUCUAAAAUCUGGCAUUAUAUGGUACGUAUUUGGGUCAAAACAACAAGGUGCUUUCCUUGCCUAUGACCGGUCCAAUAGCUGGGUGUAUGUGACCAACUGGGAUGGCCAGGAGUCUUCAAAGGCAAAAUUUACGAACGAGUACUGCAAGCAGAUGGUCAAUGAGGCCAUGGGUAAAGAAUUUCCUUUUGAAAUCUCCUCUAUCACGCUUUGGACCACUCACCCCCGGAUUGCGGACUUUUAUCAGUCAAAGAAAGAGCCGCGGGCAUUCCUGUUAGGUGAUGCAGCUCACGCAUUCCCGCCCACGGGAGGUCUCGGUGUGAACACCGGAAUUGCAGACGCCCAGAAUCUCGCCUGGAAGAUAUAUGCAGUCGAGAAGGGAUGGGCCGAUCAGAGCCUACUGGAGACCUACAACGACGAGCGGAGGCCAGUGGCCAUGGCAAACGCCCGGCAAAGCGCGAAGAAUCAAAAGACCGUCUACAGAUUCUUCUCUGCACGACCCGAAGGAGCGACGGACGAGGAAUUGGAGAAGAACACGGAAUGGCGCAACCAAUUUGCAGUCGACAUUGCAAAUGACGCAGAGCACUUUGAUUCCAUCAAUCUGCAACUCGGCUAUAUCUACGGCGGCAAGGCAUGGGAUAAUGUGCCAUGCAAUAAGUUCACUCCACGCUGUGUCCCCGGAAUGAGAUUGCCUCACGCGUGGGUCUCC